UAUUUACCCUAUAUUGUAAUAUUAGUAACGUAUCCCUCUACAUAUAUUGCAUACGUACGUAACCCUUAUGUAAACAUUAGUGUUGUACACUCCUCCAGAAUAUACUCGUGUAGCUCAGCAGAGCUCCGUAUUUUAUUCACCUUUUCCCCUCAAAUGGAGCAACAAAACAACAUAUAAAACAUGGUGGCAGCCGUACUCCGUCUCCAAGCAUAGAUAAAGAGGGGAAAGAGGUAAUAACAACCUGGAGAUACCGAAAUAUGGACUUUAAAAUACGAGAGGUAAGCGACCAACCAGCUAAGAGACAAGUGCCACGUCGCACCUAAAUCACAAAUGAUUCGCUCUCAGUGAAAGUAUCAAGCCAAAUAAGACUGAAGUAUAUAAGAAACAUGCGAAAGUAAGUCACAGUUCGCUUCAUAGUUCCUGUGUACCCAACACAGCUCAACUUUGGUGCACCGUAAAUGUCAUAAUACUCGCAUUGCCACGUCAAUAGCCAUCAAAAUGGCCGGCGCCGAACUCUUACCAAGUAUGAAUUGGAAAACUAGCGAUUCAUAUGGCGCACUAAUGAUUUUCCAAAAACUUUGUAUAAGAUACUUCAAGGUUCAAAAGAUACCAAGAGAGGAGCAAGCAAACCACAUCAUUCUGUAUGCAGGCAAUUCUGGAGAGGAAAUGAUAGAGGCAAGCAAUCUGACUGAAGAAGAUAUGAAUGACCCUGACAAAGUUUGGGAUGUUUUUCAGACCCAGGUAAAACCAAAGACUAACAAAUAUGUUGACAGACUUCGCCUACGAAAAUACACCCAGAAAGAAAUUGAAUCUAGUGAUGAGUUCUUGAAUAGAUGUGAAACUCAAGCAAAGAAAUGCAAAUUUACUGAGGCAGAACAUGAAGCAAGAAUCAUUGAGCAAUUCAUGGAAGGAGUAUACAGUAAUGAUUUGCAGAAAAGCCUUAUCAUGGAAGGUGAAGACAUGAUGUGCAAAGCCAUUGACAUUGCCAGAUCUCAUGAAGCAACCAUAAGAGAUAACAAAGACAUGAGAGUCAAAACAGUCAACCAUGACCUAAUUGUCGAUGCUGUGGGAUACCCUAAGUUUGCAAGGGCAGCAAAACCAUGCAACAAAUGUGGGCGAGCACACAAAAAAUACCCCCCACAAUCCUGCCCAGCAUAUGGUGCUAGGUGCAAUACAUGUGGCAAAAUGAACCACUGGCAAAAAAUGUGUCUGUCAGUACCAGAAAAUAAGAAUAAAACAAACAUGAAUAAGGGCACAAGCCAAAGGCAUUAUGCUGGAAAUAAAGUCCAUAGAAACUUCAACAGUGACAAACCCAUGAAAGCUAACAGAACAUCUGCCGUGCAUGAGUUCAGCCAAGAUGACCCCAAUGAGGAUUAUUUCACAGUAAGUUCUGUUAUAGUAGCAGAAGUGUCAAACAGUAAUGAUAGUGAAGCUCUACGAUCUAUCAAAGUCAGAACCCCCUGCAACAAGACUGGCUCGAUGACAAUCAAGGUCGAUACAGGGGCUGGAGUAAAUCUGCUCCCGAUAAGAGCAUUUCGAAUUAUGUUUCCAGAUUUAUUAGAUGCUCAUGGGAAGCCGAAAACCUAUCUGACCAACAACCAUCAGAAGAAUUUGAUUGCAGUUAACAAUAUGAAACUCAAGCAUUUUGGAUCGAUCAAAUUAAAGUGCACCUUCGAUGAGAAAAACUGGAUCGAUACAGAUUUCUACAUUUAUUAUUUUGGGUCUGCCAAGCCUAAAAGCCCUAGGCAUGGUGACAAUUCAUGAGGCACGGAUGCAUCCUCAACCAACCACGGCCGUCCAGUCGGUGGAUGAUUUAAAGAAAUCAUACCCAGAUCAGUUUGAUAAAAUUGGAAGUUUUCAUGGAAAAUACCACAUAGUGCUGAAAGAGGGUUCAAGAGAUACCAAGAGAGGAGCAGGCAAACCACAUCUUGUUCUUGUGCCAUCGCAAGUUGAUUCUUGUUCUUGAGGCACUACUUCAGGAGCCUUGCUCACAUGAUCUUUGCUCGUUAUCUAUAUUCCAUGUGGUUCCAGUAGACUCUUCUGCAUGGUGUUCAUCUGGAAGUGGAUGCUUGGGUUGUGGCGUCUGCUUGAUGUGUUGUCUGUUUCUUCGACCUACAGAUUGGGUCAACAGCAUGGUUUGCAAAUUGCCAAGCCCAGCAGAACUUCUGAUCGGGAGGAAGAUGAGGAGUAACCUACCCCUUCUUUUGGUUCAAGACCAGUUGUCCAUGCAAAGCGAAAAUUUCCUAUACACAAAAAGGAAGAACUUCAAAACCAGCUCGAAGACAUGAACAAAAUAGGAGCUAUCAAAAAGGUGUCGGAACCUACAGAUUGGGUCAACAGCAUGGUUUGCACCAUGAAAAAGGAUGGCAGCCUGCGCUUAUGCUUAGAUCCAAAGGAUUUGAACAAAGCUAUAAAAAGAAGCCAUCACAAGACACCUACACAAGAGGAAAUCACACACAAGUUUGCAGACUCAAAAUAUGUCAGCAAACUUGAUGCAAAGAAUGGCUAUUGGUCAGUCACGCUUGGCGAGACUAGCUCGUUUCUCACUACAUUCAGCACUCCUUUUGGCCGCUACAGAUCUAUCAGAAUGCCUUUUGACCUGGUUAUGUCACAAGAUGUAUUCCAGCAAAAAAUGGAUCAGAUCCUCGAAAACUGUCCUGGUACCAUUGGCAUUGCUGAUGAUGUAGUUGUGUUUGGAAAAACUGAAGAGGAACAUGACAUAAACUUGCAUAACCUCUUCUAGAUUGCCAAGCAGAAAGGAUUAACUUUCAACAGUGCAAAGUGUGUGAUCAAGCAGGAACAAGUGAAAUUCUUUGGAACUGUCUACGACAAGGAAGGUUCUCACCCAGUUCCAGACAAGGUAUCUGCAAUUAAAGCACUGCCGAGCCCAACAAAUGUUACAGAGUUGCAACAAUUUUUGGGAAUGGUCACCUAUAUGUCACCAUUUAUCCCAAACCUAGCUGAUGAAACUGCACCACUUAGAAGUCUCCUAAAAAAAAGGUAUAGAGUUUACAUGGUCACCAACCCACGAGAAGGCAUUCGAACAUAUUAAGAAUAUUCUGUGCACAGAUGCAACACUGGCACAUUUCAAUCCAAAUAAACCAACAGUCAUACAAGUAGACGCAUCCCAAAAAGGUAUUGGUGCUGCAUUAGUGCAAGAUGACAAGCCUAUUGCCUAUGCAUCCAAGUCUCUGUCUGAAACAGAACAACGUUAUGCCAAUAUCGAAAGGGAACUACUUGCAGUGGUAUUUGGAUGUGAAAGAUUUCAUACCUAUGUAUACGGCAAAGCAUUCCAGGUGGAGAGUGACCACAAACCUCUGGAAAUGAUUCAACUAAAGAAUCUGACAGCCGCACCGCCCAGACUGCAGCGUAUGCUGAUUAGGCUGCAGCACUAUGUCACGAUCCAAUACAAGCCAGGAAGAGAUCUCUUAUUAGCAGAUGAUCUAUCACGCUUGCCAGCAACGGACAACCAACAUAUUGGUCCAGCAGAACUUCUGAUCGGGAGGAAGAUUAGGAGUAACCUACCCCUUCACCUGCCUACAAAGAAAGGGCAAAAGCAAGAUGUCUAUGAAAACUUCAAGAGGAAGCAAGACACACAGAAGCAGUAUUACGACCGAGGAGCAAAAGACCAGCCAACACUGGAACCACAUGGAAUAUAGAUAACAAGCAAGAUCAUGUGAGCAAGGCUCCUGAAGUAAUGCCUCAAGAACAAGAAUCAACUUGCGAUGGCACAAGAACAAGAUGUGGCCGUACCAUCAAGAAGCCUAAUAGACUGAACUUAUAAUCUGUUUCAGUCUCCACAGUGUUUAUGUGUAGUGUUCAAUAGUGUUAAGGAAAGUGCUAUAAUAAUGGUCAGUAUACUAAUAUGAUUCUCAAAACAAGGUGCUAUGUUCUUACCUGAUUCAUUUUGAAAAUUACUGAAAACAAAGUGCUAUGUUCCUACCCAAUUGUUUUGAAAAUUACUGACAAAGGUGCUAAAUCUUAUUUUAAAAACUCUAUUUUUGAUACAUUGCAGAUUCUCACAUAUUUUUGUAACUACCAAAUACUAUAUCUCAAAUAUGAUAAGAAUCUAACCCACUGUCUUUUGUUUUUGAAAAAGAGGGAUGUCAUAUAUUUACCCUAUAUUAUAAUAUUAGUAACGUAUCCCUCUACAUAUAUUGCAUGCGUACGUAACCCUUAUGUAAACAUUAGUGUUGUACACUCCUCCAGAAUAUACUCGUGUAGCUCAGCAGAGCUCCGUAUUUUAUUCACCUUUUCCCCUCUAAUGGAGCAACAAAACUGCGACAGCAGCCAAGCCAAGCUGACUUUUUUAUUUCAGGAUAAAUUGUUUGCUUGGCAUUUCUGUAAGGAAAUUAAAUAUAUUUAAAAUAAUUGUUAUUUCAGAUGGCCCGUAAUUAUCAAAGAAAAACUUCCAUAGCAAGCUGGAGUGAAGAGAGUAUGAAAAUGGCCAUGGAAUCAGUAAGAAGUAAAACUGUCACGGAGAAAAGCAGCCAGAAGUUUUGGUGGGUUCACGAAGCAUGCUCCUGUAAAGAUUACCUGACACAAACGUAAGGCUUCGCUGAGAGAGAAUCGAUCAGGGAAGACGGUAAAGAACCUCUCCUGUUGCCGGCAGAUGUCGUCCUUCCGCCUGACCACCCACCUAACCUUGCCGGAGAUGUCCCAGAU